CUCUGUAGAUGGCUAUGACUUUUUGAGACCUUGUUUCAUUACAAAAGUACUGACGAUGGUACAGGCUAAGUUUUGGACACUCCGCCAGCACUUUGAGGGCUUUCCCAAGGACAGCGACUUUGAACUGAAAGAAGAGAACCUGCCAGAACCACAAGAUGGAGAGGUACUGCUGGAGGCUGUUUUCUUAAGUGUAGAUCCAUAUAUGUGGCCAUACAGUCGAUUUCACAUGAAGGAAGGAGAUACAAUGAUCGGAAUGCAAGUGUCCAAGGUGGUCCAGAGCAGAAAUUCUAACUAUCCUGUGGGCAGUUAUGUAGUUGCAAACUGUGGCUGGAAGACACACUCUCUAUCUGACGGCUCUGACCUCAGGCUGAUUCACUUUGAUUGGCCAAAGGAGCUGCCAUUGUCUCUGUCUCUUGGAGCUGUUGGCAUGCCAGGACUGACUGCUCUCUAUGGUCUUGAGGAGAUCUGUGAACUUAAGGCUGGAGAAACCCUUCUGGUUAAUGCUGCAGCUGGAGCGGUGGGCUCUGUGGUUGGACAAAUCGCCAAAAUCAAGGGUUGUACGGUGGUGGGCUGUGCAGGCUCAGAUGAGAAGGUUUCCUUUCUCAAGGAGCUCGGCUUUGAUUAUGCCUUCAACUACAAGACCAUCAGCUCACUGAAGGACAUUCUCCUAGAGGCAGCACCACAAGGAUAUGACUGCUACUUUGAGAAUGUAGGUGGUGAGUUCAGCAGUGUUGUGCUGCCACAGAUGAAGAAGUUUGGCAGGAUCGCAGUUUGUGGGAGCAUCGCCACGUACAACAACACCGAAUUACAAACAGGGCCAUACGUUCACAAUCUUAUGAUCUUUAAGCAGCUGCGUAUGGAAGGAUUUCUGGUAACACGAUGGAAACACAAAAACCAUGACUCAAUCAAGAGACUCCUAGACUGGGUAAAAGAGGGAAAGCUCAAGUGCAAGGAACAUGUCACUGAAGGCUUUGGCAACAUGCCUGCUGCAUUCAUGGCGAUGCUAAAGGGAGCCAACACUGGCAAAGCUAUCAUAAAAAUAUGAAUAAAAAGUGAGAAAAUUACAAUGUGCAACUCACAAAGUAUCCUUGCUUUUAAAAAAAAUCAACCAAAGCUCUGUGUUUUUCAUAAAUUCCUCAUUUUAUAAAUUACUGCAUAAUUAUUUAGGGGUGGUACCAUGUUACAGUGGGUAUCGUUGGCAUUACACAGCAUGGUCCCCAGCUCAAUGUUAAGAUCAGAAAAUGAAUCAAAGUUAGUAAAAGUUUUACUAUGAAAUGCUUUGUUGAUAAAAGGGAGCAGAACAGAAUGGCAAGAGUGGUUUAAGCUGACAGGAAGACUCCAGUAACUCAAAUAACCACUCUUUACAACCGUGAUGAGGAGAACAGUAUCUCACAAUGCACAACAUGCCAAACUUUGAGGUGGAUGCGAUACAACAGCAGAAGACCACAGUGGGUUUCACUCCUGUCAGCCAAGAGCAGGAAUCUGAGGUUAGAGUGGCCACAGCUUUGCCCAAACUGGUCAGUUGAAAAUUGGACCUGGUUUAUUGCCAAACUGUCCAUCAACAACCAUGCCAUGGUCAAAGUCACUGAGAUCGCAAUUUGUCUCAUUCUGAUGUUUGAUGUGAACAUUAAAUUCAAACAAAACCCCAAAUUAAAUGCUGUUUGCCAAUCACGGCAAGUGCCCUGCUGUGCCCCUUGCAUGUUUUAAAUUAAUUAUAAAACUUUAUAACAACUUAUCCAUUUUAAAAGUUAUGAUAUUGCUAAAAAAAUAGGCUUAUCUAGGUGCAGCCAUUUGCACGGAAACCAGAUAUCUGCUUGUAAUGUGACUGGGACACUAACACCAUUUCCCUUAGUAACACACAGCCAUCAAAUAAAGGCUUCUAAUUCUAAAAAAAAAAUCACCAGGUGCCACUACGCUCUCUCUCUCCCUCUCUCUCUCUGUCUCUGUGUGUGUUCAUUGCUUCAGAUGGGUUAAAUACAGAGUAAGAACUUCACUGUGCUGUAAUGUAUAUGCAACAAAUAAAGGCUUCUAAUUCUAAAAAUCUAAUCAGAAAUUUUAUGUAACCAUCUGACUUUUACUGGCAACAAAAUACACAAAUCAACAGACUUCACUUUUUUGAAGUCUGCAUCUCACUCGGCUAGACAAUGCAUAUGCAAUACUGGCACAGAUACUAGAAGAAGAAGAAACCUUUAUUUGUCACAUGCUUACUUCAAGCACAGUGAGAUUUCAUCCUCUGCAUUUAACCCAUCUGAAGCAGUGAGCACAAGCACACACCCAGAGCAGUGGGCAGUCACACCAGAGCACCCAGGGAGCAGUCAGGGGUUAGGUACCUUGCUCAAGGGCACUUCAGCCCAAGGCCACCCCACGUUAACCUAACUGCAUGUCUUUGGAAGAAACCGGAGCACCCAGAGGAAACCCGG